AUGUCUUUUGAUUCUAUUGAUUCUCUUAUAGAUGCUUUUGAUUCGUGUGAAUAUAUGACUCAGGAGGAUGAAUAUUUUGAAGAUUCAAAUAGUACUGCUGAAUCAUCAGGAAAUGAAAGAGUUGAUUGCCAUGAAACUAUUAAAACAUGUAGAGGAAUUAAAAUUUGUGAAAUAGCUGAUAUGAAUUUAGUAAAAACACCUUAUUAUAAUAUUAAUCCAGAUUUAGAUUUAAAUUUUCAUGAUAAUAAUAAUUUAUUAAAUGAAGAAAAUCAAAUUAAAACUAAUACAAUUGGAAAUCAAGAUGAAAAUAUUUUAAAUGAAGAUUAUAUUAUUCAAAAAGAAUCUUCAAGAGGUGAUGUAGAGAUUAUGAAACCUUUUAUUGGUUGUAAUAGAUGGCAACCUGGUCAAAAAAAUCAUAGAGUACAAAAAAUUAGACCAGGAUGUAAUAUUGAAUUAUUAAAAGAUUUAUUUGAUAAUAAUGGAAUAAUAACAUCAUAUGAGGAUGAUUCAGCAUGUAGAACUAUUAUUUCUGCUUCUUCAACUAAAACUCAUAAACAUAUUUAUCAAAAUAAAGCAACAAAAUUAAAACUUAAAAGACUUGAAUGUGAAGUUAAAUUUAUUCAAUAUGAACCACAUGAUUUAAAAGCAUGUCUUUUUAUUAUACUAUAUUACAAAGAAGUUCAUAAACAUUAUCUACCUCUACCUGGAAAAACUCCAUUACAUAUUCAAUUAACUUUAAAAAAAUUAAUUGAACAAGAAAUAGAAAGGUCAACAGAUAUUAGUAUUAAAAAUAUUUGUUCAGAUUGGAUUUCAUUUUAUAAAACUCCUUGGAUAUUAGCUUCAUUAACAGAAGCUUAUACUAAAAUGCCAAUUAAUUUAUGGAAUUCAACUCUAUUUGAUACAAAUAUUGCAGAGUCUGUGCAUGCAUCUGUUAAUAGAGAAGGAACAAAAUUAAAACUUAGAACAGCAAUUAUAAAAAUUGGAAUACAUAAUCAAUUUUCAAUUCCAAAAACACAUAAAGAUACUAGUAUAACACAAAGAAAAUAUAAUGCAAAUAAAAGAAAAGCAAGAACUAGAAUUGGUUCAAAAAAUAUUGAAGAAUUAUCUUCAAAUUAUGCUGAGGGUUCAAAAUCAGUAUUAGAAAGAGAAUUGGCUUUAAAAGAAAGAGAAUUGGAUAUCUCUAUUAAAGAAAGAGAAGUUGAAAUAGAAUAG